CCCACACGCCAUGGCAUCCCAAGGCACAGGGUACGAUCUCUCCUCCUCCACCUACUCUCCAGACGGCCGUAUCUUCCAAAUCGAGUACGCCCUCAAAUCCGUCGACCAGUCCGGAACGGUUCUUGCCAUCAAGACGAGCGAUGGAGGCGUAGUGGUUGCGGUGGAGAAGCUCGUAGCUACAAAGUUGCAGGUCCCGGGGACGAACAGGAGGUGCAUGGGAGUCGAUCGACAUGCGGGAUUGGUGACGGCGGGACUUGUGGCGGAUGGGAACCAUUUGGCGGGGAGAGCAAGGGAGGAGGCGAGGGCUUGGAGAGACACAUAUCGCUUUCCUGCGCCGGUAAAGGCGUUGGCUAAUCGCACCUCACUCUACAUGCAUGCCUUCACCCUCUACUCCUCUGUCCGACCCUUUGGACUAUCCGCCCUCCUCUUCGGCCGUGACCCAGAACUAGGCGCUCAGCUGUACCUCAUCGACCCCUCCGGCUCCUACCACGGCUACCGUGGUGCCGCCCUGGGCAAGGGGCGUCAAUUGGCAAAGACGGAGAUUGAAAAGUUGGACCUCGAUACACUCACCCUCGAUCAGGCAGUCAAGGAGGCGGCUCGCAUUGUGUACAAGUGUCAUGAUGAGAAUAAGGACAAGGACUUUGAGCUCGAGAUGGCUUGGGUUGGGCCAAAGACCAAGGGCGGUAAAGGGGAGGUGGAGAUUGUGCCCAAGGACGUACAGGGGGAGGCGGAGCGAUUGGCUAAAGAGGCGUUGGAUGCGGACAUGGAGGACUAGAGGAGAGAUACACGAUUUUGAUCAAUCGAAGCAUUCACAACCAGCCCCGCAACC